GUGAUGGCUGACAUGUUGUCUCACCAUACAUGCGAGAUAAAAUGUUUUUCUAAAGUGUUACUCAAAACUACCUCGCUGCACUUCGACAUCUUGUUUGACUUGCGUUGUCUCGAGUGCGCUAAGGAUAAACUUGACCUCCAUUUGUCCAAAGAUGAACACAUCUGACUUGGCUCUUAUUGGUUGUCGUGUCAGUAUUAUAUCCAAAGCGAAGAUAAGAUAUGAAGGAAAUCUUCACUCUAUAGAUUUCGACACACCCAAUGAACCGGUUAUUACCCUGUCAAAAGUAUGGUCUUUCGGCACAGAGGAUCGUCCAUGUGAAAGGCCGGUGGCUCCAAGAAACGAAGAGUAUAAUCAGGUGGUGUUUCGUGGUCGAGAUCUGGAUGAUGUGCGCGUUGUGCAUUCUUCAGUAUUUCUGAAUGAAGAUUCCGCGAUCGUUAGUGCGGCUCCCGGGUCCACCUUGCCUCAUCCUCCUGGUAUACAAUCAAGUAGUGGCAGAGGACGUGGGGAUUUGACUUCAAAUCGUGCUACUACUGGACGUCCCGAAGUACCUCUACCAGCUCCACCUCAGUCUUUUUCACUUGACGGUUUAAGUCAAGACGGUUCUCCCAGCUCAUCGAAUUAUCAGGCACCUGUUGUUGGUUCUCGCCCUGGUCCAGUGGGCACAGUUCACACGGAUAAAUCUCACUCCGAUAAUCGUGGACCAAGACCCUUCGGUGAUGGGCGCAGUGACAUAGACCCAAGUAUGUUUGGAAGGACAGAUACAAGUGUGAAAAAUAUCCCGGAAUCAGGCUCUAGUUCGGGGCGACAACGUAAUGUCCCAGGCUCUGGUCAUCAUGAUUACUCCCAUGCGUGGUCUGGUAGAGAUCACGUGGUUAGGAAGGGAGACACCUACAGGAAUGCGUCCAGUUAUAAUCAGGGCCACGAUUACUCAAGAGAUAGACGAGGGGGUUACCACCAGCAAUAUGCAUCUAAUCAUCGUGGAUCUAGAGGUUCUGGGCACUAUGGAGGCUGGAGUGGGCGGUCUGGUGGUGGACAUGAAUGGACGAAAUAUAGAACUAGUGCACACGCUUCAUCAGGGGAGGCUACUAACUUCUCAGGUGAAUAUGACUAUGAGAGAGCUAAUGCAGAACUUGCAGCGGAGUUAGAGAAAAUAACCAUAAAUACCGUAAGUCUUGUUGGCAAUACUUAUAUGUUUUUUAAGAAGACAGGGUCGUCUAAUACCUCAGCUGACAAUACUGACAAUGACGGUAGCAGCGCAGCUGGAGACGAAAAUACUUGUUAUGAUAAGUCCAAGUCGUUCUUCGAUACUAUUAGCUCGGAAAUGAUGGACCGUGCUAAUGGUGUAAAUCCUCAAGGAAUGAAUAGAAGAGAUGAAAGACUUCUCAAUUCAACCACAUUCGGCACUGUUCCACAACUGUAUGUCCGACGAACGGGCUAUAACAAUCAACGGUCUUUCGGUUAUGGUCAUAGAAGAGGUAAUGCAUCUAGUGGUAGCUUCUGGCGUUCUUCUGGCAGUGGACAUAACAAAACAAUAUUCACCAGUUCAUCACAUACACCUCUUCCAACCUCGGGACGGGCUGGUUGACAAAAACUGUACAUUUGAACACAUUUACUCAGUGCAAAAUACUUAACGGAGAACGAUAAGUUGAUAUGAAACUCUAUUUGGAUCUCUACUUGGAUGGCUUAUAUAUGCCAAUCCUCGCAUCUGUAUGUGAUUGAUCUAUUUAUCAUUAUUUUUGUUUGAGAAUGCAGACUGUAAAAGUAAUUAUAGUGCCAAUAUUGUAUUCAUAAAACUCCUGAAUAGAAUGGUUGUCUUGAAUAUUUUAGCACGACUGUGUUCCGUAUUCAUUUUACCUGUUCAUACGUCGUAACUUAGUUCAAUUUCUACUCCUUACGGGAUAAUCAUGUAAAUAUUUGUUCUACACAUGUACUUCAAUUAUUCACAGAUUCCGUAAGUGUUGUUUAUGCAUUCAAUUCGAUUGAAUUCCAGCAUAUAUUAUAUUAUUGGUUUAUCGUAUUGCUCCGUUUAAAUAGUUUCUACAAAAUGUAAUACAUUUUCAUCGCUGAUUGGUUUUGAGAAAGCUGGUGACUACUAGAGAAGAAUUAAUAAGUCGCUAAGGACUGAAGUGUAAUUGUAGGGCCUGCCAAACUGUAUGGUACUUGAAUUCUGAUGGGAUUGCUUAAAUUUUCAUCUCAGCUUUUGACAAAAGGAUAUACUUUAGUUAUUGUAAGUGAUUGCAUCUCGUCAUCGUGCUUAAAUGCGUUGUAACCCUCUUAAUGUAAUUAUACGAGAUUAAAAGUCCAUUUUUCA